AUGUCCCUGGAAUCAACGUCUGCGUCUUUUGCUUCUUGCUUAAUUGCAGCAUUCCGGUGUUGCUACUGCUUCCACUGGAACCAGGCGAAGAAGCAACGCCCAGAAUUGCCCAGGGUGCUCGAGUUGCCACAGCCGGGGCUGCUCGCUCUUCCAUCUCCAACUUCGGCUGCACCUGUCCCUGCUGAGGAGUCAUCCAGCACGGUGAACAACCCCAGCAGCGAGAAAGACGCAGACGAAACGGACAUGGAAACAUGCGACGAAGGCUUUGAGAGCAAGCAGGCAAAGGAAGAAGCCCCGCCGGACGACUGCCUUCCCGCCGCCAAAAUCUUGCCGGUUGACGCCUCGGGUGACAUCUUGGGCCCGCACGAGAUGGCCCGCCAGCCAAAGCAGGCUGUCGUGGCACCGCUGCCCAAGAACCCGCUGUCCAAGAAGGACGACUAGGUCACCGGCCACCUUAGAUGUGCCUUAAAAUUUUCUUAUAGCUCCUACUACUAACCAAGACAGACUUUCCAGUGUGUAGUGUGGAGCGCCAAGAUGCUGCCAUGAAUCUUGGUGAGAGAUUAAUGAAGCAAAAUGUUUGUAGCGCUUGUUUUGGAUGAUUGUUUCUCUUAGGGAGGGGUGGGGGGUGGGGUAGGGCUGUGUUUGUGCACGUGUUAUUGGUAGCAAUCUCCCCAUUUUGUUGUGACUGUGUACAGUUAGCAUUCAAAUUGUUUGUUCAAUAAUUGUGACUAGAAUAGUAAAUUAUACGUCGGGUUUCUUUUUUUUUUUUUUUUUUCAUUCUUGUGGCCGGUGCAGUUGAAGGGUCUCAUUGAAUGUGUACGUGUAUGUGCUUUUUUUUUUAACGUAGAGUCCACGCUCAAAAUGAAUUCUUGCGUGUUGGUGGCUGUGAAGUCUCGCAGCAUAUCUUAUGCACUUAAUGACUGUCUGAUUCGCAGCAGUCGUCGAUCAUUGUGCCAGCUUUCACACAGCUCGUGGGAGGGUUUUCUGUUUUUUUUUUUUUAUAUAUGCAAUUGAGUGUCUUUUUCUGGUAAUGUUCGUCACUUGCAUUAUCUAAUUGUGUUUCAAGAGGCCUUAGUAAAGUGCUGCUUGUGUUACAAACCAUGCCCCUGUAGGCUAUUAACUGUGUCAAGUGUUGCGGUGUAUGAUUAUGUGCGCUACUAAAAUUUAAGUGUGAAUACCGGAGAAUUAAGUUUAACAGUUCAUAGAAGCUUCCCAAAAGACAGGAAUAAGGGUAAAAAAUUCGUACGUCACGAAUAGCCUUACGUGCUUUCAUUUAAUAUUCACGAUGCUGUGCGUCUUUACUUGCGUCACAACAGUGCAGUGCUAUUGAUGCUGCUGCUUUAAAAUUGCCAUCAUACUGAUUUCGAUCAAAGUGCCUGCUUUAUUGAUACCGCUGUUUUAACGAGACCUCUCGGUGUCCUGUACAUGCUGUGAAUGGCUUCCUAGUUAUAGUAUAUUGGUCCAUAAUUAAACACCACAUAAAUUGAACUCUUGAUAAUUUGAACGAGACUCGUUCCCAUAAAAUUGAAUUGAUGCAAUGUCAUCUGUUGCAUACACACGCGAUAAGGCCAUCUUACAAUGAGUUGCAUUUUAGUGGCAUUGUCUUAUUGGUUGAUGAAAAAAUGUGUGAAUGCUUUGAAUAUCAUGCUCUGCAAGUUAAACGUGGGCUCUAAUUGCUCUGAAUGUAACUGCUGGUUCAGAUCAUGGUUCUCACUUUUAUAGUCCGUUAUUUAAAGGGAAAAAAAACAUCCUCAUUGUGCAUUUUUUAAGAAGUUGGACUGUUAUAUGUGCCUUGGUUGUCCUUGGUUGUCUUUUUUUUUUCUUGGACUGUUUUGGUGUGUCCUGUUGUGAGAUUGAAUAAAUCUGUGCAGAAACCUC